CCAUUAUCUUACCCGACGUUGAGAUGGUCCACAAGAGCCUGCGUGAGGUCAUUGGCCGCCUUGACAGCUUCUUUCCGCUUCACUUCUGUUCGGAAAAAUGAGAGUUUUGACAACUUUUUUCGAAGGAUUUUCGUCGCCGAACUAACCUUGCUGUUCUUUCCGGACCUGCUGCCUACCCUGAUGCUCUUUCAUCACCGCCGACAGCAUUUUUUCCGAGCAGAGAGGGAUUUUCUUUUUUCCGUCUGUGUUGUUUUUGAAACGUCAAACAAGGGGGCGUGGUCAGAGUUGCUAUUUACACGGAAUUCAUUCGUGUUCGUCUCAUACUUUAAGUGCACCUGCCCCGUUUAGGUCGAUCAUCUGUGUUCAGCAGUCGGAUGCCAGACGUAAACAAAACAUAAAAUUAUUGGUAAAAGUGAAAUUUUUAACCAAUUUUAAGAACAAAAACCGAAACAAUUCUAAACUCCUUGCGGAACUCUCCAUAUUGACAAUGGAGGUGCCGGCCGAAAAAAACGACGAUGACCGUGGCCAGCAGUUGGAGCACAACCUGGACGACGAGGUUCUGCAGGAAAUCCUCGGCUCAGGGCUGGACCUGCGGAGGUAUUGCAAGCAGGUUGAGGGCGAGUUGCUGCAGGCCGAGAACAACUCAAUCCAGGACUACAUCAAGGAGAGCCAGAACAUCGCCAGUCUGCACAACCAGAUCUCGACCUGCGACGGCAUCCUCGAGAGGAUGGAGUCCAUCCUGCAGGGCUUCCAGACGCACCUCAGCAGCAUCAACUCGGAGAUGAUGGAGCUGCAGAAGCGAUCGACGCAGAUGAGUCAGCAGCUGGGCAACCGCCAGGCCGUCAGGGCCACCCUUAGCCAGUUUGUUGACGACAUCACCGUCUCCGAGGAUCUCAUCAACAGCAUCGUCGACGCUCCGGUCACCCACGAGGACUUCUCCACGGCCCUCAAGGAGCUCGGACACAAAAUGAGCUUCGUCAAAGAGCAGAGUUAUCGAGACUCAAGGUCAGUGCUGGACGUGAAGGAGCCGCUGGAGCACCUGCGGGUCAAGGCGGUGACCAAAGUGCGGGUGUUCCUGCUGGAGCAGGUGUUCAAGCUGCGCAAGUCGAUGGCCAACUUCCAGGUGCCGCAGGACAACCUGCUGAGCAAGUACAAAAUCUUCUACGAGUUCCUGUUGGCCAACGAGCGCAGCGCCGCGCAGGAGGUGUGCGUCGAGUACGUCGAGACCAUGGGCAAGGUUUACUACUCGUACUUCAAGGCCUACAUCUCGCGCCUCAUGAAGCUGCAGUUCGACGAAAACCCCACCAAGGAGGACCUGAUGGGCGUGGCCGAGAACGCUGCCGGCAGGGGCCUCUUCCACACCAGGUCCAACCUGAAGAACCGCGGCGCCGUUUUCAGUCUUGGCACCAGGGGGGAGGUCCUGGCCGCGGGGCUCAAGGCGCCCAUCAUUGUGCCGCACGCGGCCACCAAAGCUGAGUUCAAGUUCCCCUACGAGACCAUCUUCAGGAGUCUCCAGUUCGCCCUGCUUGAGAACGGCUGUCGAGAGUUUAUCUUUAUCAAAGAGUUCUUCAUCGUCCAGGGCAACUCGGCUCUUGAAAUGUUCAACCAGGUGCUCGGAAUGACCCUUGGUAUGCUGCAGAAGAACCUCGAGAAUUAUGUGGCUGAUUCGUAUGACGCCAUUGGACUCAUGUUGUGCGCCAACAUUUGCCUCAAAUACAAACAGAUCUGCGAAGAAAGGUCAAUAGCCGCUUUGGACCAGCACUGGUCAGUGAUGCAGGCGGCCAUCUGGCCCAGAUUCGAGUACGUCCUGAAGCUGCACAUCCAGAGCGUGAAGCAAAUCGACACCGCCAAGUUCAAUCGAGAGUUGCGGCCGCACUACAUCACCAGAAGAUUUGCCGAGUUCAGCGCGGCCAUCGAGUUCAUGAACGACGCGCAACCCAACGAGGCGGUCACUCGCCUUGUGUCGCAGCUCUCGGAGGAGGUCGAGUGUCUCCUGCUGAGGAUCGCGGCCGCCUUUCCACAGAGGAAGGAGCAGCUCGUCUUCCUCAUCAAUAAUCUUGACCUCAUCCUCAGCGUUCACGCCGAACAUGCGAGAGAGGCGGCGGGAAAAGACGCUGCGGCUCGAGAGGAGCCCAGAAGAGAAAUCAUCGGAUUUCAGGAGCAUUUGAGUCAAAGAAGUGCCGAAUAUGUUGAGGAAGUGUUGCGGCCGCACUUUGGCGCUUGCAUGCAGUUUGUGAAGGAGGGAGAGGCGUUGACUGCAAAGGGCCAGGGUGACAACCUGAGGCAGCAGGAGACCAAGUGCAUGGACAUGGCGCACAAGUUCUCCGUUUGCUGGCGCGGCGCCCUCGAGAAACUCAGUCAGGAGGUUUUGUCCUCUUUUCCCAGUCUACUGACAGGGUCGCACCUCCUGCAACUCACCCUGUCCACCCUCGUGACCUACCACCAACGGCUGUACGCCCUGCUGCCCCCAGCCGCGCAGGCCACCCUGGCAAACAAGCACCAGCUCAUGGUCGAAAUCAAGAAAUACAAAACCACCUUCUAAGUCUCUCAUACUUUAGAAUUUCUCAGUUCAUAAAAAUGUUUCAAUUGUGAUCAACUAAAUUCCAUUUACAGAUAUUUUAUAUUUGUUAUAGAUAAUAAAUUGUAUAAAAACAUAAAUGAAAUACUU